AUGGGGCACAGUCACGCGUUCUGUAAGAUUUGUAACUGUGAUUUUAGUGUCUCCCACGGGGGAAGGAAUGACAUCAGUCAGCAUGAAAAAUCGACCAAGCACAAGCGCUGGCUAGAGGCACAGAAACAUGCCCAGGCAAUGUCAACAUUUGUGACUAGAAAUACCACCGAGGCAGACCAGGUCAUAAAUGCGGAGGUUAAAAUGGCAAUGCUGUGUGCCAAAAACAAUGUUGCUUUCAACUUCUGUGAUGACUUCAAUAAGUGUGUAGCUGAAAUGUUCCCGGACUCUGCUAUCGCACGGAAAUUCUCGGCGGGAAAAACCAAGGCUACCCAACUCAUCAAAGGUGCCAUAGCAACAGAGCUAGAUGACGAGUUGGCCAAAACAUGCCGAUCUCAGCCAUUUUCUGUGAUGUGCGACGAAUCGAACAACAGAAAAGGAAAUAAAGAAUUUGUCAUCCUAACUAGACUCUACGAUGAGGCCACUCUGCAGGUCGUUACAAGAUUCAUGGAGAUGCCUGUAUGCAACGUGGGAAAUGCAGAAAAUCUGUAUGAAAAACUGAGUGAAGCACUAAGAAAAAGAGGCAUCCCAGGGGAGAACCUGAUAGCCUUUAACUCUGAUAAUGCGAGCAUCAUGAAAGGCAGACACAACUCUGUUAUCAGCAGACUGAAACAGAGCCAGCCCCACGUCCAGGACCUCGGCUGCAUCUGCCACCUGGCACAGCUGGCCACUGGCUGUGGCAUCAGAGCAGCCCAGGUACCGGUGGAAGACAUCCUGGUGGGGAUAUACACCCACUUUGAUAAAAGUGCAAAAAGAUGUGAACUCUACAAAGGGUUUGUAGAUUUCACUGAUUCAGACCACCUGAAGCUCCUCGGGUACUGCAGCACCAGAUGGCUGAGUCUGCUAACCUGUAUCCAGAGAGUGUUGAACCAGUGGGAUGCACUGCAGGCCUACUUUAACAGUCAUGAGGAGGUGGAGAGGAGUGCCAAAGUGCGCGAUCUAGCAAGCCAUCUGCGUGAUCCAAUCGUGAAGGCUUACUUCAUGUUCCUGAGUGCUGCCCUUAAGCCUUUAUAUGAAUUUAAUAUUGUCUUCCAGUCAGAGGCCGUGCAGAUUCACAGACUUGAAGAGGAGAUGUGCAGGCUGAUCAAGAGGAUCCUGGGGUUCCUCAUACCAGCCAGGACCAUCAUGGGUGUACCUCUCAAGGAGGUGGAGUAUGGAAAAGGACAUCAGUUGGCUGACGAAGAGCUCUUUAUAGGAGCAGAAACAAAGGCAUACAUGGCAAGGAAAGAGCUCCCUGUGUCAGCGGAGAAGAAAAUCUUUCAAUUCUAUGAAGCAGUGCUUCAGAAGAUGUUCUCCUCCUUUCCUCUUGACCAUCCACUCCUGAAGGACAUGAAAGUGCAGGACCCUGCUGCUCGCCUUGACAUUACUCCAGGGACAGUGGCAAGGCUAGGGGCCCUUUUCCCUCAGUUGAGCUUGAGUGAGGAUAGGCUGAGAGAGGAACUCAUUGACUACCAGUGGUACUUCCGUCUAUCCAGGACCCAGUUCAAAGAUCUGCUGUCCCUCGUUGGGAGACGAAUUGGCCUCCAGGACACCAACUACCGACGCUACAUCCCCACUGCUGAACGCCUAACCAUCUGUCUUCGGGCCAACUGGUCCACCGAGGAUGCCAUCACCACUGCUCUGCACACCACGCUAACCCACGUGGAGCAGCGAGGGAGCUAUGCGAGGCUGCUCUUCCUGGACUUCAGCUCGGCGUUCAACACCAUCCCGAGCCGGCUAGUGAGCAAACUGGGACACCUGGGUCUCCUCAACAGCACCUGUAGUUGGAUUAUGGACUUUAUGACAGACUGCUCCCAGAAGGUGAGAGUAGGACACCACCUGUCCUCUCCACUGAGGACCAGCAUGGGCUCUCCACAGGGCUGUGUGCUGAGCCCCCUGCUCUACACCCUCUACACCCACGACUGA